AUGGCAAUAAUCCCCUCUUUUUUUGAAAGUGAAGUAAAAAAGGAUAUUAGAGAACGACAAAGAUUUUUAAUGCAUUUUAUUUCCUUGUCAAGACAUCAAGGCACGAGAUUGUUUGUAAAUACUCAAGGGUUGGGGCAGUAUAAAGAUUCUAGAAAGAAAAGCAGUGAUUCCCAAGGAGAAACCCAACUGGGAAAAUUAUCAUGCUGUGAGAGCAACAGUAGUGCCUGCAUCGCUAAUCCCGCCACUUGUUCCUCAGUUAAUAAACUAGUUCAGUGUCGAAGUAUUAACGGAUUAGGUGCCUGCACUAGGACUGAUUCAACUGCUCAGGUAGUUUGCCAGCAUACUGAUGGAAUAUAUUGUUUAGGAGGUAAUACUGAUAGAUUUUAUAAUAAAAGUUCAAGUAGUUUAACAGAGAAAGAAAGCGGCAGUGCAGUAACUUGUUCUGAUUCUUUAGCCUCAGGAAAUUGUCAAAUCGAAAAUGGUGUGGGUGGGACUUUUCCCUUUGAUUAUCAAGUGGAAAUAUGCGGACCAGGUUAUGACAACAUUAUAGUAGCACAGCCAUCUAAUGUGCCAGUUUCUACUUUAAAGAUCCCUCCUACUGGUAGUUCUAAUCGAACGCCUGGUUCUACUGAUGGCAGUGAUAAUUCUACUUCUGAUAGUAUAGGAGGACCAGUAAUAAUAGUCCAGCAACCGGCGGUUAAUCAGCCGCAACCAGAGGAAAUAAUGAUGGAAACUUUUAAUAAUGGAGAAGGAGGAAGUUCGAAUCCUCUGCCAUCUUAUACAAGCAAACAAAAAGGCAAAAAUUUGGGAUACUUACAACCCCUAACAAAAUUAGAGUUAUUAAACGUUGUAAAUACCGAACUUAUUUCUGGAUUGGAAUAUUUACCAGCCGGAUUUGCAGCUGAAACACUCAACCGGAUUCCUUCCUCCAAAGGAUCUCUUGAUACUAAUCGUUAUGAUUAUCAAUCCUGGAGAAAAAAAUAUGAUCACGGGUUAUCAAACGCCCAAAAAUGGCUAAACAAAGAAUAUCCAGAAUAUGGAAAAUGUCUAGGAGAAUUUGAUAAAGUAAAUAAAGGUAAAAAACGAGAAGAAAUCACAGAAUUAGACAUUAGUCACAACACUUUAAAUAGGAUAAAAGAUAUAAAGUUGGAGGGACGAUUGAGUUUAACAGGAUUUGUUAAUCUAAAAAAGUUUGAUUGCUAUGGUAAUAAAAUCACUGCCUUGGAUUUAAGCAGUUGUAUUCAGUUAGAGGAGGUAAAUUGUUCUAAACAGUUUGUCUUAGGCAAUUUAAAUCUCAGUGAAUUAAACAAGCUUACUAAACUUGACUGCUCUGGAAAUUAUUCCUUGACGGAAUUAAAUUUAAGCGAUUGCUCAGAACUUACUUAUCUCAAAUGUUGUGAUGAUAAAAUUAGUAAAAUUACAAUUGCUGAUCCUAAAAAAUUAGUUUAUUUAGAUAUUUCAACUAACGAUUUACCUGCUCAAGAUUUAACUUUUUUUAAAGAAUUUACUAACUUAGAAGAAUUAGAUAUUAGCAGAAACAGGUGGUGUGGCACCUUAGAACCACUAAAAAAUUGUGUUAAAUUAGUUCGCUUAGAUAUCUCUGGAACCGAUCUUUAUGAAGGAAUUGAGUAUUUACCAAUUAGUUUAGAAAAGUUUGAACUUAAAAGAAUUUCUAACGAAAAUGAUUUGGUUAAUGGAGAGUUGAUUGGUGAAAUCAAGUCAGAAAGGAUUAUUUUUGUUGAUAAUCCGACUUUGCCUUUUAUAAAUAUUAAUGAUGACGAAGAAGAAAAGGAAGAAAAAGAGAAUGAAAUAAAGAUAAAUAAAAGAAAAAGAGAAAAAUCUAGAAAAAAAUUACUAGAAUAUUUAGGUAAAAAUUGUAAUGAGGUCUACAAGCCUAAUAAUUUAGGCAAUUUGAAAGACAAAAUUAAGGAAAUUAGUAGAAGUAAAGUUGUUCCUGGUGGAACAUUUAAUGAAACCCAUUAUCACGCGAAAGAAGCCAGCACAACUAACAUCGGGCGAAACACUGAUUAUUCCAGAAGCACUCUCAACUUUUCUGGCGAAGGAAGUCAAAAUAUUGUAGGCAUCAGUGAUUUGGGUUUGCAUAAUCACCCAGCAGAAAAAAAUUUGGUUGAAACAGAAAAUUCAUUUUCUGAAAUUUCCAAAACUACUAAAAUAUUUAAUAUAAAAGAAAAUAAUAUGACAGAACCUAACAACAACAAUUCUAAUCUAAUAACAAAUGAACAGCCCAGUUUGACCACCAGUAGUGUUGACACUAGAGAAGGCAAUUUAAAUAUGGGUAACCAGGUAAAAGGGAAUAAUGCUAAUCUAAGUAGUAAUCGUCGUAGUACUGAAUAUUCAGGGCAUUUUCAUUUCACUGGUAGCAAAAGUCAAAAUGUUUUGGGUAACGACAAUAAACUAACUCAAAAUAAUAAUGAAGUUGAUAAUGAAGGCAAAGUGGUAGUGGCCAGAUUGAAAAGAGAAACACUAGUAAAAGAUGCAAUGACUAAACUUGCCCAAGAUUUAGACAGCAUAAAAAUAUUGUUUGAGAUACUUCCGACAGUCAAAGAAAAAGUUAAACAAGAAGUUGAUAUGCAAAAAAAUAGAUCUUGCUCCCCUAAUAUUAAAAUAGGUGGUAACAUCACUACUCAGCAAGGAAAUUCUAAUAUCGGCAACAUUGCCGAAGAUAAUGCUGAUUUUAGUUGUAAUAUUACUCCCCAAACCGAAAAUAUUUCCUACCAACCCAGUGCAUCAGUAAACCAGGAUCAACAAAUAAAUCAGGAAGAAAAAGGCCUAACCAGCACAGAAGAAAUAAAAAAAGAUAAGCCGAGUUGA